AAAGACGAGACAGAAGUGGAUGAUAAGGGCAACGGCGCCGACACGCCCACCGAUAAGCCGGUGAUAGAGCACUACUACUUCAAUAUAUACGCCAGUCUCGUGACGCCACAGGACUUUGAUCUCAAUACUAUCGCCCAGGACUGUCAGACGUUUGAGAUCGAGUUCGUGCCCUACCAUCUCUAUCACACCGAUCUGUAUUUGGAUCACACGAUGAACUACAGGGAACAGGUAUGGGUGCUGAGCGGCAGCGACUGCUCCGCGCAUAUCUAUCGCGAGGAUAAGGAGAAGCAGUGUUUCUACGAGGAGUCGGCGGCCGUCCAAUACUUUCCCGAAUUGUGCGAACUGUCGGCGAUCGUCAUGUGGAUCGACAUCCGCAACGUCGACACCGCGGAUGGCGUCAAACGGGUGACGGCUGUGGGCCUGGAGUCGGGUGUCGUCCAGUUAUCGGUCGUCGAGUUCGAUGUGGACACCGAUAAGCAUGUGGUGACCGGUCUGUGGAGGUAUGACUACGACGGGCCGGUGCUGUCGUGUAGACUGUUUACGGAUCAGUCGGCGUCCGUAUUAAGAGAUAAUGAGUUCAAACGCAAACUC